AUGGCUCAACCUCUGAGUCGUGUCAAGCGAGAGCAACUUCGCAAACGCCGUAAUAAUCUACUGCGUCGGCACAAUGAAUUUUGGCUGCUGUAUGGGAUCAAAACAUGGCUCAUCAUGGAACAGCCAGAUGGGCAGAUCUUCACCUACCAUUCGCAUCCUCACGUUCCUCCACCAUCACGAGAAAUGAUCCAAAAACGCACCGCUGUGAACAAAACACCUCGUGAUUAUGCGGUUUCCGCCCAGCCUGCCGAGACAAGGCUGCCCGUGAUCUCUUCUCCGGCUCAUUCAAGUGAUGCUUGGAAAGCGUUGGAGGAGCAUCUCCAGAACAACCGACUUGGAACACGCAUCCUAAACAUCAUCUCCUUCCAGCUGCAAGUAGAUAGUCCUUUUGCGCUCAGAAGUGACGUCGCAAAGAUUAACUGGGGUCCAUCAAAUGCCGCCGAUGGUGUCGAUGAGCUCUUCCGUGGCUCGCACUCGGAUCAAAAUGGACUAAAUUCACAUCAGAAAUGUAUGGAAUGUGAGUAUAGAGGUGAUGAGUACCUAAGCGAUGACCAUAUUCUUCUCCGUCUCGGUCGCUAUCGUGAGCCAGAAGGGAGGGAGUGA